CAUAAAAUGUUUAUUUCAGAUAAAACCUGAAAAUUCACACAAAAUGAAGACAUUAAUAUAUUAACUCUACACCUAUGGGCAUCCCUAAUUUAUCUUAAAUGACGUUUGUCACUUAUUUGUAAAAAUAAAAUAAAAAAAUUUAAUUUACCUAUUGAACAUAAUAAUAUCGUUAUAUAUAUUCAUUAAAAAAAACAUGAUUUCUUCGUUAAAAUAAAUUAUGCAUCUAAUAUUAGAUGCAUAGACUAAGAAGUGCCCUUUACCUUUACCUUUACCUUUUGUAUAAAUACCAGCAAACAUCACAAAUCUUUUCCCACGCAAAUGUAACAGUGCUCUAAUGGCAAACACAAGAAUAACUCCCGCCAUAUUCCUCACUCUAAUGAUCUCAUACUUAUGUCCCAAAACUUCAUCCCUAACACCAGAACAAGAGAAACAAACUUUACUACAAAUCAAGAACUUCUGGGGCAACCCUGCAUCACUCCAAUCCUGGGAAGACAACAACAACAACAACAACAACAGCUCAAAAACAGCACACUGCCACUGGUUUGGCAUCACCUGCUCAUCACAUAGUUUCAUCACCAACAUCUCACUCCCCAGCCAAAACAUCAAUGGACCAAUACCUGAUUCUCUCUGCAACCUCACCAACCUAACCCACAUCGACCUCUACUACAACUACAUCUCCGGCCAGUUCCCACCAUCCCUCUACAACUGCUCAAAUCUCCAGUACCUCGAACUUGGCCAAAACCUCUUAGUCGGAACCAUCCCCUCCGACAUCAACCACAUCUCAUCUUCCCUUGUUUAUCUGAGUCUCCAAUCAAACAAUUUCACUGGGGAUAUACCUCCAAGUAUAGGCCAACUUCCAAAUAUCCAAUCUCUUUUUCUCAAUGAUAACCUUUUCAAUGGCUCGUUUCCGGCCGAACUCGGACAACUCUCCUCUCUUCAAACACUUUGCCUUGCCUACAACCCAUUUACUCCAGCAACCAUUCCCCAGGAGCUUUGCAAACUCAAGAACCUUCGCUUUCUUUGGAUGGCUAUGACUAAUCUCAUCGGGGAGAUACCAGACUCUUUCUCCAAUCUCUUAUAUCUCAAGCAACUUGAUCUCUCUAUGAACAAGCUCACAGGUCCUAUCCCAGCCGGUAUCUGGAUGCUGCCCAACCUGCAGAUCCUGAACUUGUAUGCAAACCAUCUCGACGGUGAAAUCAACGGCACAAUCGGGGCUCUCAAUCUCCUCGAGAUUGAUAUCUCAACUAAUCAUCUUUCAGGAGCCAUAGCAGAAGGUUUUGGAAAGCUCAAGAACUUGCAAGCCCUUGCCAUGUACAAUAACAACUUCUCCAGUGAGAUCCCUGCAAGUAUUGGGUUGCUUCCAUCAUUGAUAAAUAUCAGGCUCUUCAAUAACAGACUCACUGGAGUUUUGCCACCAGAGUUGGGUAAACACUCAAAGCUAUGGAAUUUUGAUGUCAGUGACAAUAGGAUCUCCGGUGAGCUUCCUGUUGGCCUUUGCACUGGUGGGGUUCUGACGUCGCUGGUUGCUUCCGAUAAUAAUCUCACUGGAAGGCUACCAGAAUCCCUCUGUGCUUGCCCGAGGUUGGAUAAUAUCCAGGUCUAUAACAAUAGCUUGACUGGUGAUAUUCCAGCUGGAAUGUGGUUGGCAGUGAACCUGACAACGGUGAUGAUGAAUGAUAACCAGCUAUCUGGCACUAUGCCGGAGGAGGUCCCGUGGAAUAUCUCGAGACUCCAGAUCGCCAACAAUAGGUUCUUUGGCACAAUACCAUCAAAGGCAGGGAAUCUCCAGGUCUUUGAAGCAGCUAACAACCAGUUUUCUGGUGAGAUCCCAAGGAAUCUUGGCAGCUUCUCAAGACUUCAGCUCCUGUCUCUUAGUGGGAACCAAAUCUCCGGUGAGAUCCCCAGAUCAAUCUCAGCACUUAGGUUCCUUAACACACUCAAUUUGAGUCACAACCAGCUCUCUGGGGAGAUCCCACCAGAGAUCAGGUCUCUGCAAGCACUGACGACGCUGGAUAUCUCAGUCAACAGGCUCACCGGCGAGAUCCCACCAGCAAUAGCGGAGCUUAAGCUCACCUUCCUGAAUCUAUCAUCGAAUCAGCUCUCCGGUGAGGUCCCGGCAGCGCUUCAGAACAGCGCCUACAAUCAAAGCUUCCUCGCCAACCCUGGCCUUUGCUCAUUAUCACCCAUUCUCAAUCUUGGAGCAUGUGGUCACAAAUCUGAUGGUCGAGAUCACACCUCAGUUGCUCUCAUCCUCUUUAUCGUUCUCGGCAUACUUGGCUUGCUCAGCAUGGCACUCAUCGCUGUCAUGGUGGUCAGGAACUACAAGGGAAAAAGGGACAAACUGGAUCUCACCAAGUGGAAGUUGACACUGUUCCAGUCGUUGGAUUUCAAUGAGCACCAAAUCUUAAAAAGCCUCACUGAGGCUAAUCUCAUUGGUAGUGGAGGUGCAGGAAAGGUGUACAAGGUCGUCCUUGGGGAUCAUGCUGGAGAAAUCAUGGCUGUUAAGCAAAUCAGAAGCUGUAGGACAUUAGAUUCCAAACUGGAAAAGCAGUUCCAAACGGAAGUCAAGAUACUGGGGACCAUCCGCCAUGCCAACAUAGUGAAGCUCAUUGCCUGCAUCUCUAAUGUUGACUCCAAGUUACUAGUGUAUGAGUACAUGGAAAAUAAGAGUCUAGAUAGGUGGUUGCACAGCAAGCAAAGAUCAGAGUCUGAUGAAUAUGUGAAAUUGGAUUGGCCUACUCGAUUGUCAAUUGCGAUCGGAGCAGCUAAAGGGCUUUGCUAUAUGCAUUAUGGCUGUAAACCUCCAGUUGUGCACAGGGAUGUAAAGUCAAGCAACAUUCUUCUUGAUAAAGAGUUUGGGGCGAAGAUAGCCGAUUUCGGGCUUGCAAAGGAGUUGGUGAACGCCGGUGAGCCAGAGAUAGUAUCAGCUGUAGCUGGUUCCUUUGGAUACAUACCUCCAGAGUAUGCUUACUCAAGAAAGGUGAGUGAGAAGGUGGAUGUGUAUAGCUUUGGCAUAGUGCUGCUGGAGCUCACCACUGGAAGGAAGGCCCAUGAUGGCGGCGAUGAUGGCUCGCUUGCAGACUGGGCAUGGCACCACUCAGAUGGCAAGCAGUUAUUUGAGGCCUUAGAUGAGGAUAUCAGAGACCCAGCAUAUAUGCAAGAGAUUGAGACAGUCUUCAAACUAGGGAUCAUGUGUACCGCAGCAUUGCCUUCAAGAAGACCGACAAUGAAGGGUGUGUUGCAAGGCCUUCUCCAGUUUGAUAAAAUGGUAGCAGUUUGUGAUCAGAUUCAGACCAAUUUGUCUGUCCAAUGUGAGAGUUCAAAGUGAGCUGCCCUCUUGCUUCCCGGAGUUUAGGCAUUUA